AUGCAGCAACACCAGCAGCCAGUACCGAUAGCUCCCAACUAUCUCGGUCUCCCGCAUUGGGGCCAGACGAUGAUUCCUCCACAGCCGUCUGGGGUCGCUUCUCCACACCCUCAAUUCAUUCCGCCUCCAGCAAUUGCUGCUCCAAACCAGCCGACAUUGGGAGCAUUGACCGUGACCCAGGCCAGCCAUUCGACUCAGUCCACCUCUAGCCCGAGGAGGACUUUGACAGAUGCUGAUAGGAGGAGAAUGUGCAUUUUUCACGAGGAGAAUCCAAACGUGAAGCAAACAGAAAUUGGAGGUAUGGUGGCGAUAUCUUCUCCUUUCGCCCAUAAGGGUACCGUUUCCAAAGUUCUUCGGCAGAAGGAAAAGUAUCUUUUUCCCGAUGAUGGGAGUAGGUCACCAGUGAAACGCUCAAAGGGGAAAUUCCCGGACAUUGAGCGCGCAUUGGCCGUUUGGGCGAAGAACACGCGGAAGCAGGGGGUUGCCUUGACCGAUAUGAUGAUUCGAGAAAAAGCCAAAUUUUUCGCGACCAGCGUAGGGAUAUCGGACAGUCAGUUCAAGGCAAAUGGCCAGGGUUGGUUGGAGAAGUUCAAGCAGAAGAACAACCUUCACUCGAAUGGGCGAGGAAGAUCGGAAAGCGAUGUGACUGGUGUGGCUAGGAUGGCGAGCGGAGGGUUGAUGUCACCAAAGCCAGGCCACUCUAGAACGGAUUCAACACCAGUAUUAGGGUCGCCUAUGAUGCAAGAAUCCAAGAGCCAGGAUAGCAGUCAUAAUGGUACAGAUUCGCCGGAAUCAUUUAUGGAGUUUGGGGGGUUCAAUAAACAACAAGUCUCGGUUUCUAAUUACGCAGGCCCAGCUUCUCCGACCUCCCCAUUCUUCUCGCCAGAUCAGCGGGUCGACCCUCUGCAGGCACGGAUGCCGCACCUGCAACAGCGCCCAAGAUCACAGACAUUUCCCACCCUAUCUGUUGACCCGACCUACAUAUCCCCACCACCAUCGUCAGAGCCGUUGACCCCUAAGAUGUUAAACCAGACUGUGGUACCCCCGCCGGCACUCGCAUCCCCUGCCCCUGACGUGCCCAACCCAUUGGCAUCGCCGAACCAUACCCCGUCUUCGUCUCAUGGGACCCUGACAGCACAGACAUCGCAAUCACCCACCAAGGAAGAUGCGUGCCGCGCACUUGAGGUGGUUAUGACCUAUCUCAGACAGCAACCAGUGGGAUAUGUCGAACACGAUGAUUAUCUUGUUGUAGGAAAGAUACUAGCUAGACUUGGGUUAGACAAUAUGGAAUCCAACGAAGAAAUGAGCGCACCGCCUUGAUUUGGGUGGUGACUAGUGAGGGAAGAGAAAAAGUUUUUAUUUUAUGUUAGUUUUUUCUUUGGUCUACAUUCCUCUUUUCUUAAUUUGGAAAGGGUAUUUUUAGGGAUCAUAUCACGGUGUUUUUGUGUUUUUGCUUUUUUAUUUGGAAUACCCCACAUAUUUCCUAUUGCGUUUGUUUUUCCUCAUGAGUCAGGUGAGGAAAGCAAAGAAGAGGGAUGUUGUUUGUUGCUCUUUCUUAUAUCUUUUUUUUAUCUUUAUCUCCUUUGUCCCGGCCAUUUUCCAUUUGCUUUCCUCGUCAGCCCCCUUGCGUCAUGAUGUUGCGUUAAUGAGAACCCUAUCAUAGCGUCCCUCACCCCUUUCCUUCUGUUCCCGCAUUUCCCUCAUUUUCUCUCCACACCUAUCGGACUCUACUCAGCUUUUCCUACAUUCACUGCGACUACUACUACUACUAACUGUGGACUGCUCGCCCGUCCUCUGUUAAUUAUUUAUCUUCUUUCGGCCCGGAUUCAAAGCCCGAUCCAUUUUUUAGGGGUUCUGGUGGUCGUGGUGUUUUAUCAUUUUAUCUCAUUUCUCAAAGUUUAGGCUGUCUGUUACUGCCAUGGAUUAAUGGCUGGCUACUAUUAUAUCCUUUUUUGGUUAUUAAUUUUUUAGUUCCGUUUUCUUUACUUUUUUACUUUUUUUUGGGAUUACCAACUUCGGAUUCUUGUACAUGUUAUAGAUGCUUCUUUCCUUCCCCAAUAUUUGACCUCCUGGAAGGGGGGUUGCCUUCGAGAGGAGGGAUCAAAGGGAUGGAUGGGAGGGGGGCGGGCGGGGGAGCAAGGCAAGGUGGGAUAGGAUAGGACAAUUAUAGUCACUUUUUUUACGUUUCUUCAAAAUAUUUUUCUACUUGCUCUGAUCUUUCCAAUUAUUCGUUAUAUGCCCAUAGCAGAACAAUUUAGUAGGGCGAAUGAGAAGGGAUGUAAAGCAGGAAAUGCGGGAAAUACCAGAAAUAGCGGGAAAUAAGAGCAAAAGUAAACGAAAAUAAGCAAAG